UGCCACUAUGCACUUUGGCCCAACUAACUACAGGAAACAGCCCAACCCACCUAGGCUAUCCCUAACCUCCCGCUACAGGAGACAGUGAGGUCGUGGCACACAUCCACGGCGUCGUGGCCGUGGAUGGCCACCACGUGCCCCCCUCGGACCUAUAUGUGCGUCCAUACGAAACCCUAGAUCGAGCUCGUCUAGUUACCCCUCGAACCCCCUUCGCCCCCAUCUUCUUGGCUCGAAUUUGAGCCCGGAAUUAACAUGGUGACCACAACUUCGCCGUCAUUGUCGUGGCCACCGACGUCUCCGGCGUGUGGGGGCGUCCUGGAGGUUCCUCGCGCUCGGCCGCGUCCGUUCAGGGCAUCGGAACAAGGCGGGACGCUGCAUGGACGACGAUGUCAACUUCUUCCUCCUCCGCCCGUCAUCGUCUCGCCAUCGCCGCCGCCCCUCCGGUUCACCCCCGACCUCCCCGAGCUUGUCAUCGAGCACCUCGACGACAGAGUCCAAGAGCCAGAUGCCAUCGUCGACGAGGACUCCUACUACACUGGAGGUGCCUACAACUACGUGCAGGCCGCUGACGACGACCAGGAGUAGUUUAGGAGGAUACCAGGCAGGAGGCCUGCGCCUCUUUCGAUCUGUAUCCCAG